AUGCCAGCGUGGAAUCACAUUAGCAGCAGGUACCGCCUACUAACGUUCGGACUUACAAAGCAAUACAGACAAGCGAUAAAAGUAAAUCUCAAAGAGAGAAGAGAAGCAGUUAUGGUCGAAGCUACUGAGGCUGGGAAAAGCAUUUGCAAAGACUACAGAAGCUUUACCAAUUACAUGAUGAUGAUGAUUGCAUUCCGACGCGCACACGGAACAGUUUCAGCGUGCAGAAAGGCAACGGAGAAAAUCACUCACGAAUACUACUCAGAUCUCUUCGAUUGCCACGUUCACCUUCCGUCAUAUGAAAUAAAGGAGGACGAAUAUGUUGUACCACUGGUACUCUCUUCAGAAAUCCGACAUGCCAUUUCGUCGGUGAAAAAUCGAACAGCACCGGGCUGGGACAAUAUAAAACCAGAACACCUGAAGGAAUUUCCUCCGGUCCACGUAAACACACUGACUCAGCUCUUCACACGUUACCUGUCCGAAUGCGAGGUCCCUACUGAGAGGAAGACCAGCAGGACCGUGUUAUUGUUCAAGAAGGGUGACCUGCACGAUAUAGGCAACUAUCGCCCAAUCUGCUUACUUGUCGUCUACAAACUUUUCGCUCGAGUUAUUCUAAACAGGAUUGACAGAACACUAGGCAAAGGAUAG